GUCGACAAAACCUCGCGUGUGUGACGCCCGGGAAAAGUACCCGACUUGAGAGAGUGCGCAGCGAAGCGUACACGAUCGUUGCUUAUACAUUCAAAUAACAUGACCAUAUUACUAGUCUGUGUAGCCCUGCUGGUGGGCAGCGUGAACUCCUCAAACUCCACCAUACCAGCCGAUGAAGACGACACGUGCGAGGCUCCGAUCGGACUCUGGAGCCUGGCGCUCGAGGACUGGGCUACAUCGACCCGAGUACAGUCGGAUCGACAUGGUCGAGUGAUGGCGCUGCCGUCAACGAAGGGCUAUUACGUGACGGAGCGUUUCGACAGCCCGUACCUGUCUCCGCCCCCGCCAGCCCCCUCUUCGCCCGGGCACAUACCGCCAGCGCCAGGCCACGCUCCGCACGCAGCGGGCGCCAUGCCGGUACCCAACCAGCCGCCGCACGCGAUGCGCGCGCCGCAGGGGUACAAGGAGUGGGAGGGCACGCCGCCGGCCGGGGGCAAGAUCGUCAACCGCCCCACGAAGCCCUAUAAGGACAAGUUCAAGCCGAGCUACCAGCAGCAGCAGCAGCAGCAGCAGCGGCCCGGCGCGCUGGACCGCGUGGACGAGCCGGCGCGCAAGCAGGUGACGGAGACCGACCUGUACCUGCUGAGCGCCAUCGAGAAGCUGGUGUACCGCGCCGACCUCGUGGAGAAGCGCCUGCGCAAGAUGGAGGAGAGCGUGCACUCCCUGCUGGCCGGGCUCGCGUCCCAACCGGAGCCGUGCCCCGGGAACUACACGCGCGUGGGCAACACGUGCUACUCGUGGUCGCGCGCGGCGCUGGACUGGAAGGGCGCGUCGCUGGCGUGCCGCAAGGCCCGCGCCGCGCUGCUGGAGCUCACAGACGACGCGCAGAAGAACAUCUUCUACUCCAAACUGCUGUCCGAUAAGACGCUCCGAGGUGAAGACUUCUGGACGGGCGGCUUGAACCCCGGCCUGCUCUGGAUCUGGUCGCACUCGGCGAAGCCUGUGGAGCCCACCAGCACCAACUCGACCAGCAUCGCGGGCGACGGGCGCUGCCUGGCGCUGGUGUCGGACCCCACGCGGGGCAGCUACGUGUACCGCGGGCAGGACUGCGCGGCGCCGCACCGCUACGUGUGCCAGCGGGACGACCGCCCGGACCGACUCGCCAACGACAUCUCGCGCGCCGCCCGUGCCCUCGCCGGCGACACGGGCCGGAGCGCCAGAUUGUGGCGGGCGACCAGCAGCGAUGCACUAUAA